UAUUGUUUUUUAUUGGUGGGUGGGUCAUUGGGCGUGGUCUUAUGGUUUCUAAUCUAAUUUGAUAAUUUCCCAAUGAGUGUUCCCGAGGCGAGAAGAGUUUUAAGAAGAAUAGAGCUUGAGGCAUACGCUUCAAUAGUGAGCGCCUUUAGAGCGGAAGGUCCAUUGACGCAUGAGAAGAAAGCUGCUCUUACUAAGCUCUGUCAGUUACUGAGUAUAUCUUCUGAUCGUCAUCAUGCUGAAGUUAGAAGAGCAAUCUGUGACGAUCAGCUCUGCUACAUUGCCGAUUGUGUUACUGGAAAUGAGAGUAAACGGUCGUGGCUGCCGGAAGGAAGGAGGACUGGAGGGAGGGGGAACCCACGUCUUGUUGCAAGGCACGUCCUUUCUUCGUCUCUUCAGGGUCAGGCUCUGGCAGCUGUCACGGCUUCAACUGUGAAAUCAAAUUUGAAAGCUGAAGGAGGAGGAGUAGAUGAAUCUGAGAAGAAACUACCUCCACAGGUUCAGUCAGCUAUAAGAAUGAUAACAAGUCAGCAUCAAUCAUCAGCAUCUAAUACCCGCACUCAAAAACCUUCUCCUCUUCCUCCUCCUCCUCCUCCUCCUCCUGUCUCUUUAAAAUCAACUGGUUCCCAAACAGACGCUCUACCAUCAAUAAAACCGGACACUACCACUCCUCACACUACACCAGUACAGAGUGUUUCUAUUGGUAUACAGGUUGACCUCAUUACAGUUGAUAAAGUUGAUGUGGGGACUCAGUAUGAACUAAUGGAAGAUGUGAUGGAGAUUAAAGAAGAAGAAGAUAUACAGCAACCAAACAUCGUUGAAGCUAACGAACCCUCCUCUCAAUCGAUUCUGGAACAAACUAACCAGUCACUGGCUGAUAAUGAUGUUAGUGAUCAUACUGAUAAACCAGUUGAUUCAGGGAUGAUCGAAUCAGUUCAGAAAUCAUUAGUCGAGAUAAGUGAACCAGAAUCAAUGCAAGAUGAGUCUUUGUUGGUGGUCGAUUCUGAAAUC